UGCAUAAGGGAGCUGGGGCAUGGGCACACUUUCUGGAAAGCCUUGCACAAGGCUGGCCCUUCUCCCUCCUUCCGUAACCAUCUCAUACACGCAGCUUUGUUUUCCUUUAACACCCGAGUGCUUCUCCCCCCUUUAACGCUCAGCUGUCAGCCGGACAUACCAGGCGCUUGCCAGCACCCACGGCAGCGGUCAGGUGAUGGCCCAAAUGUCCGCGGGCUCCCCCCGCUCCUUCACUUCUCAUCCUCGAGCCACAGCGGGAAGCAGUGAGAGCCCCAGCCCCGGCAGAGCCCUGAGCCCACGCUCGCCGCUGAGCCCCGACCGGCCACAUCCACAGAGCAGAUACCAUCGGUGAAAACCCAGAGUGGGUGUUAACUGGCCCGGCGCAGUAUGUCCCAAACUCCGCUUCUGAUUCUUCUUCGCUGCUACUAAAGGAGAGUGAGUCCCCCCUCCACCUUUCACCCGGCACCAUGGUGGGGCAGAGUCCCCUGGACCCCAGCGAGAGCAGGACCGCCGUCCUCCUGGAGCCCUUUGUCCAUCAGGUGGGCGGCCACAUGAGCAUGAUGAAGUACGACGAGCACACGAUCUGCAAGCCCUUGGUCUCGCAGGAGCUGAGCUUCUACGAGUCGCUGCCCUUGGCCAUGAGGCAAUUCACGCCCCAGUACAAAGGCAUCGUUUCUGUGCACCUCAAAAAGGACAGCCUUGGCAACCUGAACUUGAUCGCCAGCCCCAGCCUGCAGACUGAGAGCUGCACCCGGCUGGAUAAAGCCAUCGGUGACUCCUCGGUGACAAUAUGGCACAAAUGCAAGUGGGCUGCCAGCACCGGCACCGGCAGCGAGCACACGCUCGUCAAGUGGAGUCACACGCAGCUCACCAAGACUUUCAAAGACAGCUGCCCGGGGAAGAUGCUAUUGAGGACAGACCUUCAGUACCGCACAGAUUCACUUUUGGAAGAUGCAAAUGGAAACCAGCCAGAAAGAAACAGCUACAACCCCUGGGGACUGCACUGUCACAGGCAGCACCUGAACCGCAUGUCCUCCAAGCAUAACGAGAACAAACUUCACCAGUUUCUAUUGCUUGAAAACGUGGUAUCAAAAUACAACUACCCCUGUAUCCUGGACUUGAAGAUGGGAACCCGGCAGCAUGGCGAUGACGCCUCGGAGGAGAAGAAAGCCCGGCACAUCAAGAAAUGUGAACAAAGCACCUCUGCGUCUCUGGGCGUUCGCAUCUGUGGGAUGCAGGUUUACCAAGUGGACAGUGGCCAUUUUCUCUGCAAAGAUAAGUAUUACGGCAGGAAACUCUCACCGGAGGGAUUCAGGCAAACCUUGUACCAGUUCCUGUGCAACGGUAACCACCUCCGAACAGACCUCCUGGAGCCCAUCAUCCUGCGGCUGAAAGCUCUGCUUUCUGUCAUUAGGAAGCAAAGCUCUUACAGGUUCUACUCCAGCUCACUUCUCAUCAUUUAUGACGGACAGGAGCACAAAGAGAACACGGCACCCUUGGAUAAUCACCUUCACUUCCAAAAAACAAACCGCACCGCGUCACACAGCACCAACCACUCCAGAGUUGACGUCCGGAUGAUAGACUUUGCCCACACCACUUUUAAAGGCUCCAAAUGCAACCACACCACUUACGAUGGGCCAGACCACGGCUAUAUUUUUGGCCUGGAGAAUCUGAUCAAAAUCCUUCAGAAUAUCUCAGAAGGAAAAUGACAAAUCUCUGUGAAAUAGCCUGGAUUUACUAGUGA